AUGAGGCCAGAGAUUGUAGAUGUGGGGGUGACAGAGGAGUAUACACAAUAUCGCACCACUCAUCUGAUUCCAUGGAUUUCAGAUCCUACAGAUCCCAUACCACCAUUUGAGGAUGACAGAGGACUGCGACAUGGUAGGAGGAGGAGAGUAGGCAAGGGUGGUGGAGGUUUUCAAGGAGGAGUAGGUGGAGGUGGAGCAAGUGGUGGAGAUUUUGGAGGAGGAGGAGGAGGUGGAGGUGGAGGGGGAGGUGGAUUUGGGGAUGGAGGUGGAUUUGGAGGUGGAGGUGGUGGAGGAGGAUGGUUACAGAGGAGAGGUAGAUUUGAGCAUCCUUUACGAGUGUCAUAG